AGUAGCGAUUACUUAAGGCUCGUCCACCAUGCAAACAGUGCUUGUGUUAAUCCUGUUCUUUUCUUUUGGUGUCCUAGGGCACCCUGACUUAAACCAGAAUAUAGACACCGAAGAUCAGGAACAUCACAAAAUUGUUGAGGAUUUGCAGCAAAGAUCUGUGCAAUGUGCAAAACAAAAACAGAAACUGGGAAAACAGAUUAAGAAACUGAAGGCGUUGCUGCAGGAAGACAAGAAAACCAUACAGCACUCUUUGGAUAUGAUAGAGUCCUGCAAAAAAAGGAAUGUGGAUUAUUUAUCACAAAACCAGAUGCUUAGAAAAGAAAAUGAGAUGUUGAAAGAACAAGUAGAGGAAUGCACUGCGUCUAAACAAGAAAGUGACAGAAUUAAAGAAGAAGCUGCUGCAAAGUUGGAGGAAUGUUCUGCCGCUAAAGAGGCUCAAGACAGGGCCCUGGAAGCAAAAAUUGAGGAUAUUAAGGAGAAAGACAGGAUACUUAUGGAAUGUGAACAGCAAAAUAAGAUAUUACAGAACAAUAACGACGAGCUUGACAGGGCAGCUGCGGAACUGGAAAAUGAUAUUGAGAGAGCACAAGCAAAGAUAUCAGUCAUAAGAUCUAAACUAAAGAAAUUUCCACUGGACCAAAUGCAACAAACGAUCGUUAGAAUGGGUUAUGACAGCUAUGAAAGAAGACGAUAAGAGGCUAACGUCAUCACUUAGCAGAUAAUAAAAAUGCGCAAUAUAACUGCAGUAUAUGUCCUAAUAAAACGUUUGAAUGAAA